AUGGCUCCAAAAUACCAUGGAGUGACGCGAGCCCUGCUCAGUGCGAUUCUUUUCUUCCAACCUGUGCUGUCAGUGCCAGGAAUUGGAAGUCUUCUACCGCGAGCAUCGCCAUCCUCAUCGAUAUCGGCAUCUAUCUCAACAUCUAUACCCUCAUAUACACCAACCCCGUCCGUCUCAAUGGCAACCUUAGCCACGGCAACGACCUGCAACGGCCACGCCGAGUACUGCACAAGAUCUUACUCAAAUAUGACCUUCGUCGGCUCCCACGAUUCACCUUUUGUUGGACCCUUGCCUCAGCAAAAUCAAAACAUUGACAUAACAUCUCAACUGGACAUGGGGAUUCGCUAUCUCCAAGCCCAGACACACCACUCAGUCUUCGACAAGAACACCCUCGAGCUGUGCCAUACAUCCUGUUUCCUCGAAGAUGCAGGAACACUCAAGUCAUUCUUGGAGACCGUAAAAAGGUGGCUAGACGCAAACCCCAAUGAGGUCGUCACGCUCCUCCUCACAAACGGAGACUCGGUAGCCAUCAGCGAGUUUGGAGAUACUUUCACUGGCAGUGGUAUCAAUAGUUAUACAUACACACCUUCCACAACUCCCCUUUCAUUGUCUGACUGGCCAACACUGGGGGAAUUGAUAACCAGUGGCAAGAGACUAGUCGUAUUCCUCGAUUACGGCGCAGACGCAGCCAAAGUACCCUACAUCCUUGACGAAUUUACCUACUACUUUGAAACUCCGUACGACGUCACCGACUCGAAAUUCUCAAGCUGCAAAAUAGACCGUCCAUCCGGCGCCUCAGCUGCAGGCCGCAUGUAUGUUGUCAAUCAUUUCCUAGAUGUUGAUAUCCUAGGCGUAUUGAUUCCGGAUCGUGACAAGGCUGAUGCUACCAAUGCUGCUACCGGAGAGGGAAGCAUUGGUGCGCAGGCGGCAUUGUGUGAGGGAUUGUAUAGUCGGAAGCCGAAUGUGCUUUUGGCAGAUUUUGUUGACAAGGGCGAUGUUAUUAAGGCGCAAGAUGCGCUGAACGGGUUUUAG